GCAUCGUUAAAUGUGAUACGAGUAAGAUGUCAAGGUUGUAAUUGAGGCCGACAUUGAUAUAAGCUAUUUUUAUUGCAAUGAAAACUCGCUGUGUAUGAUAAAUGCUUUCUAACUUAUCUACACUCAAUUAUGUUUGCUUUUCUACUUGGUGGAUGACGCUGAAAACUCUGGAAUUGGGAAGGGAGCUAACUCAGUUGUCAGCAUGGUCCAUCACUAUUUUCAGCAUCAUGGACAUGGAGAAAGGAUUGCAAACAUCCAUUUUGAUAACUGCAGUGGACAGAAUAAAAACAACAUUGUGUUGUGGUAUGCCCUUUGGAGAGUCUUAGUUGGUCUGCAUAUUGUCGUUCAAUACUAUAUGAUGAUCGCUGGUCACACAAAGUUUGAUCCUGACUGGCAUUUUGGUGUGUGGAAACUGCGCUGGAGAUCCAGUAAUGUUGAAACUCUAGAGGAAGUUGCCAAGACAGUUACACACUCAUCACGUAAUGGACAUAAUAUUCCACAGUUGGUGAAAGAUGAAGACAAACCCCUUAUAUUUAGAGACUGGAAGUCAUACUUAAAGCAGUACUUCAAGCCCCUGAAGAAUCUCACAAAAUAUCACCAUUUUCUUGUUGACGCUACUAAGCCUGGGACAGUGUUAUGA